GUCUGCGAGCAAACAUUUUGCGGGCAAGUUCAGUGCGCGCAGAAAAGCAACCUCUCUUUUCCAUGAUGGCCGAGAGUGCGAUAAGGAUUUUGUAAAUUUCCUUCACCCUAAUAUCUGAAUUUCUAUAUUAGAAUGACCAUGAUAUCCAAAGCUGCGGUCGGGAUUGCUGUCGGCAUCGCUGGGAUUUUCGUCGGCUACUGCUUUUACUUUGAUCAAAAACGCCGCAGCGAUCCCGAUUUCAAGAAGAAACUGCGCGAACGAAGAAGAGCUAAGAAACAAGCACAAAAAGCUUCUUCAAAGAUCCCAGAUUUAAGGGAUCAUGAAUUGGUACAAAAAUUCUUUUUGCAAGAGGUUCAACUUGGAGAAGAAAUGCUUGCUUCUGGUGAGAUAGAGGGUGGAAUUGAGCAUUUAGCUAAUGCAGUGGCAGUGUGUGGACAGCCAGCACAAUUACUGACAGUUCUUCAAAAGACUCUACCGCCGCCAAUUUUCCAGAUUCUAGUGCAGCGACUACCUGUAGUCGGCCAGAAACUAGUAUCGCAAACUCAAAUGACAGAGGAAGAUGUCGAGUAGACGAAUAUAAAGUUUCGAGUCUUAAAAUCUGGAUUAGUAAAUGGUCUGCUCAUUUUUGCACAACACAUAAACGCGAACACAGUUUACAUCUAGGAAAAUUCUACAAUUAUAUAAUUUGUCAUUCUUUAUUGAACUUCCAUUUUCUUUGGCAAAUAUGUAUUAUAUAUACAUCUGAAAUUUUUAUGAAUAUUAUGUGUUUUAGUUUAACUAAGCAGAGACAGAUAUAUUUUCAUUUUCCUUUGUUCAAAUAUAUUUUAAUCAAACAAUGAUUCUGACAACUUCUAAUAAAAGCAAAGCUUACAAAAUGAUAUUCUGAUCAAAUCAAAUCUAUCAAAUUGAGAUCUAGUCCUUUAGUAAUGCCAGUGACAUUGUUCUUUAAAAAAUGAGAAACAUUCUAGUUGAUACAAGGCUCUACUUAUUUGUGUAUGGAAAAAAUUGCUACAAAAUUUUAUAUGUCAUUAAGACAUUUAUAGCUUUUAAUGGAUAUUAUUAAAUCCAUUAAAUGUGAUGUUAUAUCACAUGUGCAGUUAUUACUCACUUAUAUUGAUUUUAAUUGACUACAUAUUUUGAGAAAA